AUGGCAUCUCCCGUUGGGCGUCUGCAGGGCAAGAAUGCCAUCGUGACGGGCGCCGCCGGUGGCAUCGGUCUCGAGACCUCGAUCCUGUUUGCAAAGGAGGGCGCAAAGGUGUUGAUGGCCGACAUCUCGGCGCCGGCGCUGGAAAAGGCGCUGCUGAAGGUCAAGGAGCUCGUUCCUGGGGCGGCACGGGUCGAGACCACGACUUGUGACGUGUCCAAAGAGGCACAGGUGCAGGCCAUGGUCGAGAGCCUGGACAGCUGGGGCGGUGUGGACGUGAUCUUCAACAACGCGGGCAUCAUGCACGCCAACGACGACGACGCGGUCAACACGCCGGACGCGAUCUGGGACCUGACACAGAACAUCAACGUCAAGGGUGUCUGGUACGGCAGCAAGCACGCGGUGCUGUCGCUGCGCCGCCACAAGAAGACGCGUGGUUCCAUCAUCAACACGGCCUCGGUCGUCGCCCUCGUCGGCUCGGCCACCCCUCAGCUAGCCUACACCGCCAGCAAGGGUGCCGUGCUGGCCAUGACGCGCGAGUUGGCUAUCGUCCACGCUCGCGAGGGCUUCCGCUUCAACUCGCUCUGCCCGGCCCCCCUCAACACUCCGCUGCUGCAGGACUGGCUUGGCGACGACAAGGCUAAGCGCGCCCGCCGUGAGAUCCACUUCCCCGUCGGCCGCUUCGGCGAGGCCGUCGAGCAGGCCCAGGCCGUCGUCUUCCUCGCCUCCGAUGAGGCCAGUUUCGUCAACGGCCACGACAUGGUCGUCGACGGCGGCAUGACCAAGGCCUAUGUCACCCCCGAGGGCCCCGCCCCGGAGGCACCCCUUAACAACGCGCUCAAGAACACGCUCAGUUAA